AUGGACUUCUCCGAAUACACUGGUCCCAGCGCCGAAUGGCUGGCACUUGAACCAACGCUCCCGGCGGUCCCCAAGGACCUCUCGGUGGAGCAAUUGAAGGCAUUGCUAAACAAGGGCCGCGAGGAAUCCGCCGCCCAAGACAUGAUAGACCAAGGCCUGAGCUCGCUCGUUCAAAUGCAUGAUCAUACGGUAAUUGCUCGCGACGGCACAGCCCUUGAAGCACGCACCUAUCGCCCCGCCGGCGUCCCCAUCUCCGAGCGCUUGCCGGUAUACGUCCACCUUCACGGCGGCGGUUUCCUGUUUGGAACACUUGCCUCCGAGGAUGCGACCUGCUCGCGCAUUGUCGCAUCGCGAGCUAAGAAUGGCACACCUGUCAUGGUUUUCAAUAUCAAUUACCGCCAUACACCCGAGCAUCGCUACCCCACCGCAUGGAACGAUACCGAAGACGCCUUCGUCUGGCUGCACGAACACAUCGCUGAAGUCGGCGGUCUCGCCGAUCAGGUUGUUGUCGGUGGUAUCUCUGCCGGAGCGUGGAUGACAGCCUCAUUGGCGCUGGCGCAGCUGCGCGGCGAUGAUAAGCGUCUCGCUGCCUGUCCGAAGAUUGCGGGGCAAGUGCUCAUGAUACCUUGUCUUGUUCAAUGGGAUCACUAUGCUCCCCGAAUAGAAAUGUUGAAGAGUCCUGACUUGUCGAGUUAUGUGCAGUGUGCUGAUGCGCCUAUUCUGCCUGUUACUCGGAUGAAGUUGUUUAGCGCGUUGCUUGGGGUCGAGGACGCUCGGGAUUCUGCAGGGGAUCGUCGUAUGGGCCCUGGUAAUGCUACUGCUGAGGAGGUCAAGGGUUUACCUCCUACGACUUUUGGAAUUGCUGGGAAUGAUCCGUUGAGAGAUGAGGGUAUCUUCUAUGGAAAGCAUCUCGCCGAGAACGGGAUUCCCACCAACAUUCAUGUCUUCCGCGGCGUGCCUCAUGGUUUCAGGAGGUAUGGUGACAAACUACCCGGAAGCAAGAAAUGGGAUGAAGUGAUGAGUGGUGGUAUUACAUGGGCACUGGAAAAGCCUGCAGCUGGUCCAUUCGUGAUCAAUUCAGACUAA